UCGAAAAGCCAACAGACAGCCAGCCAGCCAACCAGCGAGCUUCGUCAACACCCCACUACCAUAAAAACAGCCUCACUAAAACAUAGGUGCAUGUACUGCUCUCACAGUUGAAAAUAGUUGGUAUAGCAAUAAACAGCUUCUGCUGGUCCUCCUAAGUCGCAUGUCCUCGGCUUCGCUUGCUGUUGUUGUUGACGACACUUACACCGUCUUAUAAUCGUCGUCUAAGGCCGUUAAGGAAUCGGACAAAUUUGAGCGGGACAAACUAUCUCACAGAAACAUCGUCGUCGUCUAACAUUGGCCGAUCAGCUGUGAAUGACGUACUCAUCGAAACUUGCCAGAAAGGCUGCCUGUCAGCCUGAGUUAGCUGCCGGAGCUGUGAACUUACUCUAGUUCGAAGUAAGUCAGAGAAAUAGUAUCUCCACCUGCUAGCAUUUCGGCGUGGAAAAUUGUCGACAACUUGUUUAUAGCUUCUGUUGUGUUAUAGUGAAUGCGUUAGUCUUGCGCAACAUAAACUAUUGCACAGGGAGUGCAUUGACAUUGGUUUGACAAAUACAAAAGAUAAAAAAAAAUCAGGUAAGCGCAGCAUAGCAGAGUGAUUCAAUCCGUUGGGAUCCAAAAACUACUAGAAAAUGGAGACUUCAGGAGAAGACCAGCUUGAGACGGCAGUGCAGUCCAUUUGUGCGGACCCGUAAUAGCGCUCGAACGCGAAACGAAGCCUCGUAGUCUCCAGGACCCGCUAUUUCGGGAACACGGACGGGACAUCGCUAUUGUCAAUAUGAGACGCCCCACUGGAGAACCUCGAGAAGAUGUGGUAAACACUGCUACUGCGUUUCUUAUGAAUCCGAGAGUUCAACAGAGCUCCGUUGAAAAAAAGCACGCAUUCCUGGUAAAAAAAGGUCUGACCCCAGUAGAAAUUGAAAUGGCAAUAGCGCGCUCGUUGAGAGCGCAACAAAUCCCGCUGGAAUCUGCAGCUGUACCUCGAUCCUGGCUUGACACAGUGGGUAGCACUGUCAUGGGGGUAGCGGUUAUAGGCUCGGCAGCCUAUGGGCUCUACUGGGCUUUCAAGACGUACAUUGAGCCACAUCUGGCUGAUUCCCAUCCCAGCUCACUUGAGCGUUCAGUCUCUGAAUUGGCCGACGCCGUUCGUAAACUAGGCGAGGAACGGCGCAAUGCCGAAUUUCAUGCAGAUAAAAAGAAUGCGCGACUGUAUCAGCUAAUGAUUGACCUCCGGCAAGAUGUGACCUCGUUGAAGGGGGUGUUGGUGGCACGAAGUCAGUUUCCUGUACCGCCAGUAACAGCCUCUAUUCCUUCGUGGCAGCGAACACAUACAAGUUCGAAUGGAACUGGCAUCAGAAUUGUUAAAUCCCAAGUAGCUAAUGGACCUUCGACUACAGCAAUGGAACCUGCCAUGCAGAAGCCUGUAAACGGGACAAUCAAUGGCGAAACGACCGAGGAAGAUACGAACAAUAAAACAAACACGAUGUUACAAGAACCCUCAAUGGGUUGUACCAACGUCGGGGAACAUCAAGAGAUAGUCGAUCAAAAUGAUCAUCAUCAGCAGCAGGAGCAACUAAAUCUGGACGAACCUGUGAAGUUCAAAGACCGGAAGGUUGACCUAGAAGCAUAGGCUAAGGAUUUACGUAAUCUCAUCCGUUGCAUGCUCCUUUUUUACUAUAAACUUGUUAAUCAUAACUUAUAUUAUUAAGCUAAUUAACAAUAGUAUCAUCAUACUAUUGUUAAUAUUAUGUGGCUAAAAAACAUCUUGAUUAAUGGUCUACGAAGCUGGAUAAUAGUUAUGUCGUAUACAUUUGCAAUAGGUGGCGCCAGCUGUCUUUGUCUCUAUAUUGCGACUUUAGAAAGAUUCUAAAAAUUAGAAUAGAGAGAUUAAUUGUAGUUCCAAAAUAAUUUGCACUAAUUAAUAGCUAUUAUAUUAUAGCUAAGCGGACGUAAAAACAACAGCAAUAAUUCUCAUCCAUAACCAAAACAUCAGCAGCUCGUUGAUCUACCCAAAUCGGUGUAUGUGUACCAUAGGCAUGUACGUGCUCUUGUGUAUAUGCAGGCAUUGCACUGUUCCGCCUGUUUGUUCAUUAUGACUGUUAGAAAAAGUUAUGGGGACCAAUUCAGAUGAUAACCAGUCUCACUUGACAAACGUUCGAGAAAAGCCAACGGCGUUACUUAGAAAUAUAGACUAUACGUUGCACUCGUCGGAGGGGCAUGCUUCAAUAGAGAAUUUUUUACAGUUUAAUUGUUAUUCAUUAUUCAGCGAGCGAAAAUAAGUUUAUACUUACAGAUAGAGGUAUACAAGGACAUAACAGUUUAUAAGACACGAAAGAUAAUGUAAAAUACUAUAUAUAUAUAUAUAUAGUAUAUCAUUACAGUCUUCUUAGCCGCUAUCUGUUGAGGACAAACAUAAAAGCAGCUGUAUUUUUUUUACUUUUUACAUCUCCAUUUACCGUUUUUGUUUGCUUCGAACUGAAGCCAAAAUCGAUUAUUGAAAGAAGUAUAUUUCAAUGGAUUACAUAGAGAUUUAUUACAUUAAAACCUGUACAUUCUUCAUGUCAUUCGAAGACACGUUAGGAAUUCCUUUUUGGAAAUCGAACGACGCUCAGCGUGUAACAGAUGUAGGAGUUUUCAUAGAGACACAUAUGGUCAACGUCCCUUGACGACUUGCACAACUAGAAAAUAUGCAACGCUGUAUGUGAGCGGCAUCACGGUCUGUGAUUACAGAGAGUAAACUAGAGAAAUACGAAACGAAAAAGAGGUUUUAAGCUGGCAAGGAUUACAUUGAAGUCUUAUAUAGACUUCAAUCAUCACACAUAAUGCGCUAUCCAGGCAAGGCAGACAAGGCACAUACUUUGUAGGCAGAACAACAGCAACGUAAGAAACGUCAUUAUCAGUAUAGAAAUGGUACCAAAUGGCACUGUAUGGCACUUAAUGAAUAAAUCUACACCCUUUUAUAUACAGUUUCCAUAGAUAUAUUCUUUCCCAUAUAAUAUUAUAUCGCAUAAAAUUUAAUAAUGGUAUUUUUUAAAAAACGAGGGCAAAAGUAAUUUUAUAUAUCUAUACUAGUUCUCUAAAAGAUAAGGCUUAAGUCAUUAUUUAUCGAUUAUCGUUGUGGUGAACGUUUUCGUCACAGCAUAAAAUAACAAUACGUUACUUUCGAAGUGAACAUUUUAUUAUAUUUCUAUUGUACCAUGAGUUGAAAAUUACAAAAAUGAGGUAGUGUUGGUAUUAGACAAAAGCAGGUUGGGAGUAAAGUUUUACGAGUCUCAAAAUCCCUACAGUUUAUGGUUUAAUAAAGUCACCCUUGACCUCAAACGCUAUGUCAAUGCAAUGUUCCGAUUUAGUUGUAUAUUUUCUAAAACGUUGAUCCAAAGCUACUAGGUUUCAGAAUCUGGCUGAGAAGUGUCUAAUACACAGUUUUUUUCGUUACAUGCACUCUGCCCAUAACAAUGGGUACUUCAACAGGACUGUUCUCUUAGAAGAAUACUCUAACUACCAAACCUAAUGCCAUGGAUGUAUUGUAAGUACGAAAAGUCAGACAAGGCCAACCGAAGUUUUCGAAUCUUUUCAAAAAAAUUUUGUACCGGCUUUGCAACAUUUUAGUCCAUCCAUGGUUCAGGGAUCACCUUAAUAAUGCAACAGGGAACAAAAGUUGAGACGUUUUUGAAUUUGAAAGUUAUUACUAGUCAAUUAGUGUUGCAUAUAGAUAUUUCUCCCCAAAAUCGUCUACACUUAUUGAGAAAUAAUGCAAUUAAUUAUAAUAGGUAUAGAUUUAUUGGUGAAAUAUACCAGUAGCAGAGACCAAUUAAAGUCACAAUAAUAGACACCCUUGCAUAAAGGCAAAAAUCUUAUCUGGCAAGUGUUGUUUCUAUCAGAAUUGUGAGUAAUAUCGCAUGUCACGUAUUAUUGGGAAUUUGUUUUAUACACGGAUAGUGUGUAAUUCCCACAUAUUUUUUUUGUUAAAAAAAGCACUAGAAAGAAAACAAUAAAAAAUAUUAUACGGAAGAUUAUCUUAUGAAGCAUCAGAUUUUAAUUUGUGUCUCAUAGAGUAACGAAAUUUGACCAAAUCCUAUUUUUUCAGCUUUUAAAACUUAACGUAUAAAAAUAAAGCAGACGUUCGCACCCUGUACGUAUAAUUAGCAUGACUAAAUAGCUUUAUACAGCGCUAAUCAUUAUCUUCGAGCAUAAGAACAAACCCUAUUAAUAUGUUGAAGCCGCUUUUUCACACAGUCUGCAAGGUUUGCCUACGCAGAAUAGAUCUAAGCAUGAUCUAGGGAUCUCAUACGUUGUGUCAUGUUUCUUGAGAGACUCAAACGGAAAGAGCAGAUCCGCUACAGAUCCUUGGGGUGCAUUUAUGACAUCGGCAAUGAUAGAAAUAGUGCGUAGAUGGUAUUCGAUACACCCGCAAUAGACGGUCGUCUAAUUGGCCAAAGUUAGCUGUCGGUACGUGCCGUAAGAGAAAUACUGUGUCAGUUACAGAUGUAUGUAAUUAGCAUGUAUGUGGUUCAAAUGAGCUUUUGUUCAACAAUUUAAUAUUACGAAGCAAAAACAAAUCUCAAAUAGAAUAACGUGUACAAUCUACUAUCCGCAAUAUAUUUCCCUGACUGUCCUAUAUAUUAAGAUAUAUAGGAGAGCUUAGAUCUGUUGAACCAUCCUAAACAGGUCCUUUUUACAAUAGCAAUUUUAAUUUUUUCUAGCUAAUGCUAGUUCCUACAUUAUCGCUUAUUCUUGCGAAGAUGUAACGUUGACACGGUCGGCGCCUCUUAUAUUGUUCGUAUCGCUCUCUUCUCGUAGGGCUGCGUUCACAGUCGUACGGCUCGCCAGCAUCGGCGAGCUGUUUCCGAACCGCGACGUCGUCAGCUCUUCCACAACUCACACAUGCAAACAUUUCUAUACACACAGGUUUCCAUGAUGCCCCAUCGCUACUCACCGGGCUGAUUGUUCACUUGGCCGUGGCUGACUGCCAAUUGCAUCCUCGAAAGAUUCUGCCAGGUCGAAAAAUUGAUUCGCGCGUGUUACAGGAGGGGUACGUAAUUACGUCAACGUGUUCGGUGCGGUUUUGUUCGGUUCGAUGCGUGACUUCGGCUGGAUCGUUACGAAGCUUUCGGCGAAAUCGACUGAGGCUCGAAGUUCUACGGCUGUUUAACUUCAAUCAAGCUAAUAUCACGCACC